GCCAUGCUUAUAAUUUUGUGCCUACUGCAACAUCGUAUUCAUUUAAUUUGUUAAAUUGUUAACUCAAGAGGUUGUAAAAUUAUUACAUGGCUAAAGAAGAAAACAGCGAGUCACAUAGCUUACUAGCAAACUCUAUUCUAUUCCAUUCUUAUAGUUAUUGUUUUAAAUUUCUGCAUAUCCGAUUAGGAUUCGAAGCUUUUAACUGAUUGAAUUAUUAUACAAAUUUGUAAGUAAUUUGUACUAUUUUAUUAGUUUAGAUUUAAAGCGAUAUUUCUGCACCGUCACCUUGUUUUCGGAUGUUUGGAUACAUUUUAUUGAGGUCUCAUUACUGACAAAAUGUCUUGUAAUACUGGCGUGAUGUAAAUAUUAUUUCAAUAUUCUGUUUCCACCAGAUAGUGAGUAGUGGCAUAUAUCUUCUACGAAUCCUAUUCAAAUUUAUGAGUAACGGCCCAAGUUUCGAAGAAUCAUUUUGUUGUAUAUAUAUCGAGAAAAUGAAGUUCGUUGUUGCUGCCCUGCUAUUUACCUCGGCGGCAUUCUUUCGUAAGUUAAAUAAAAUUUAUAAUAAUAAUUCAAUUUUAUUAGUUUCCUAAUUUAUCAACCCUUUUCUGUGAUUCAUAUAGAUGUAAUCUACGAAUAUUGGUAUAUUUUUCUUUACCGUUGGAAUAGCGUCUACCAUCUCAUUACAAAUAAGCUUUGGUCUACCUUUCCGCUGAGGAUAAGAAUUGGGCUAACUUUAUUUUCUAAGAAAUUUUGUGAAUACGAAGUGUUAAAAGAAAUAACAAUCUUUUGCAAAAUUUCGGUUUUGAAAGUUAUAGGAACCUCAAUAACAUUGCAAACUGUAAUACAAAAUACUGGAAUUUUGAAUUCGCAGGACAUGUUCGGAUAAAUUAUAGGUUACUUAUUCCUCCUGAAAACUUAGCUAAAUUAAUUUAGGCUAGUUCUUAUCCCUAGCGAAACGAUAAACUAGUGCUUAUUCGUAAUGGGAUGAUAGUCGCUUUCUUAACGGUAACAGAACAACAGCCGAAUAUUCAUAUAACCCAUAGUUAUAAUAUUAAUAACUAUAAUAUUUUGAGAACAUGCCUUUUGUGUGGGAUUUAAUCAUCAUCAUAUUUGUUUUUGUAUUUUUCUUACCAUUUAAUACAUUAAUUCGCAACAAGCAACGUUUAGACAAGGAUGUCAAAAUUUAUUUCUGUAAUCUGAACAUAGCUAGAAAUUAAUUCCUUUUAAAUAAAUUUCUAACCUUUUAAAUUCAGAAACUUUAUGUUGUAUUGUUACAGAAUUAUCCUUAGGCUUUCCAAUUUCUAGGUCAGGCCUGGAUGUUCCUCCUUCAAAUGAAAGAGUGGCCAUAGAUCCUGCUCAAAUUAGAGCUGAGAAAAUACCAACUAUGAAGACUAAACCUGGUUCCAGUUUAGAUAAAGAUUUUUUUCCUUCUGAUGAUGGACGGACCACAGAUCCAUCUCAAACCAAGAUUAUUGAACCAAAUACUGAAGAAAAUAAACUAGCGACAACUUUUGAUGAAAAUACGUUCACACUAACCACAGAAAUGAUUAAUCCGGUUUCCAGUACUUCAUCUGAUGUAGGAGCACAAAAAUAUCUUGUGCGAGCUAAACGAGAUGUAGGGGAAGAUGCAGCUGAGAAACCUGAAGCAGACAAAGAGGCUAAGAAAAAAGAAAAGCGUGAAAGAAGGAAAAAAGAGAAAGCCGAAAGAAAGAGAAAAAAAGAAAAAGAUGAUCCGGAUAAAAGCCAAGAAGCUGAUCAAAAGAAAAAAGAAAAAGAGGAUCCGGAUGAAAACCAAGAAGCUAAUAAAAAGAAACAAGAAAAAGAGGACCCCGUGAAAGACCAAGAAGCUGAUAUAAAGAAUAAAGAAAAAGAGGACCCAGAGAAAAACCAAGAAGCUAAUAAAAAGAAAAAAGAAGAUGAGGACCCGGAGAAAAAUCAAGAAUCGGAUAAAAAGAAAAAAGAUGAUCCGGGUAAAAGCCAAGAAGCUGAUCAAAAGGAAAAAGAAAAAGCGGAUCCAGAUGAAAACCAAGAAGCUAAUAAAACGAAAAAAGAAAAAGAGGACCCGGAGAAAAACCAAGAGGCUGAUCAAAAGAAGAAAGAAAAAGAUGACACGGAGAAGAACCAAGAAGCUAAUAAAAAGAAAAAAGAAAAAGGGGACCCGGAGAAAAACCAAGAAGCUGAUCAAAACAAUAAAAAAAAAGAGGACCCGGAGAAAAACCAAGAAUCUGAACCAAAGGAAAAAGGAAAAGAGAAACCGAAUAAGAACCAAGAAGCAGAUCAAACGAAUGAAUCCAAUCCUGAUACAGAAUAA